AUGGAGCGGAGGGCGCCCCACGCCUGCCUCGCCCUCCUCUGGGGCUGCACACUGGUGGCGACCGCGGCGGCGCAGGGCAAGGAAGUUGUUCUGUUGGACUUCGCUGCAUCCAAAGGGGAACUGGGCUGGCUCACAAGUCCCUAUGGCAAAGGGUGGGACCUGAUGCAGAACAUCAUGGACGACAUGCCCAUCUACAUGUACUCCGUGUGCAACGUGGUGGCCGGCGACCAGGACAACUGGCUCCGCACCAACUGGGUAUACCGCGGCGAUGCCGAGCACAUCUUUAUAGAGCUCAAGUUCACCGUCAGGGACUGCAACAGCUUCCCCGGCGGUGCCAGCUCCUGCAAGGAGACCUUCAACCUCUACUAUGCUGAGUCGGACGUGGACUACAGAACCAACUUUCAGAAGCGCCAGUUCACCAAGAUCGACACCAUUGCGCCUGAUGAGUUCACGGUCAGCAGUGACUUCGAGGCACGUCAUGUGAAGCUGAACGUGGAGGAGCGCUCUGUUGGGCCACUGCGCCGGAAGGGUUUCUACCUGGCUUUCCAGGACAUCGGCGCCUCUGUGGCUCUGCUCUCCGUCCGGGUCUACUACAAGAUGUGUCCUCAGCUGCUCAAGAGCCUGGCCUCCUUCCCCGAGACCAUUGCCAGCUCUGACGCGCCCUCUCUGGCCACUGUGGCUGGCACCUGCGUGGCCAAUGCCGUGGUGCCUCCCGGUGGGGAAGAGCCCCGAAUGCACUGCGCGAUGGACGGCGAGUGGCUGGUGCCCAUCGGUCAGUGCCUGUGGCAGGCGGGCUAUGAGAAGGUGGAAGAUGCCUGCCAGGCGUGCAGCCCGGGGUUCUUCAAGUCCGAGGUGUCCGAGAGCCCCUGCCUGCCGUGCCCUGCACAUACGCUGCCGUCCUCCGAGGGGGCUGCCUUCUGCGAGUGUGAGGAAGGCUACUACCGGGCACCGUUGGACUCGCUGGCCUUGCCCUGCACACAUCCGCCCACCGCCCCAAACUACCUCACCGCCGUGGGCAUGGGGGCCAAAGUGGAACUGCGCUGGACGCCGCCCCAGGACAACGGAGGCCGGGAGGACAUCACGUACAGCGUCACCUGUGAGCAGUGCUGGCCUGAGUCGGGCGAGUGUGGGCCCUGUGAAGCCAGCGUGCGCUACUCGGAGCCGCCGACUGCCCUCACUCGCACCAGCGUCACCGUGAGUGACCUGGAGCCGCACAUGAACUACACCUUCGCCAUUGAGGCCCGCAAUGGCGUCUCGGGGCUGGUGAGCAGCCGCAGCUUCCGCACUGCCAGUGUCAGCAUCAACCAGACAGAGCCCCCCAAGGUGAAGCUGGAGGGCCGGAGCAGCACCUCGCUGAGCGUCUCCUGGAGUAUCCCCCUGCCUCAGCAGAGCCGCGUGUGGAAGUACGAGGUCACCUACCGCAAGAAGGGAGACUCCAACAGCUACAACGUGCGCCGCACCGAGGGCUUCUCCGUGACCCUGGACGACCUGACCCCGGACACCACCUACCUGGUGCAGGUUCAGGCACUGACCCAGGAGGGCCAGGGUGCCGGCAGCAAGGAGCACGAGUUCCAGACGCUGUCCACGGAAGGAUCGAGCAACAUGGCGAUGGUCGGCGGCGUGGCAGUCGGUGUCCUCCUGCUGCUGGUGCUGGCAGGAAUCGGCUUCUUCAUCCACCGCAGGAGGAAAGGCCUGCGAGCACGCCAGUCUUCGGAGGAUGUCUACUUCUCCAAGUCAGAACAACUGAAGCCCCUGAAGACGUAUGUGGACCCCCACACCUAUGAGGACCCCAACCAGGUUGUGCUCAAGUUCACCACGGAGAUCCACCCGUCCUGUGUCACUCGGCAGAAGGUGAUCGGCGCAGGAGAGUUUGGGGAGGUGUACAAGGGGAUGCUGAAGGCGUCAGGGAAGGAGGUGCCCGUGGCCAUCAAGACGCUGAAGGCCGGCUACACGGAGAAGCAGAGGGUGGACUUCCUCAGCGAGGCCUCCAUCAUGGGCCAGUUCAGCCACCACAACAUCAUCCGCCUGGAGGGCGUCGUCUCCAAAUACAAGCCAAUGAUGAUCAUCACGGAGUACAUGGAGAAUGGGGCGCUGGACAAGUACCUCCGGGAGAAGGACGGGGAGUUCAGCGUGCUGCAGCUGGUGGGCAUGUUGCGGGGCAUCGCGGCGGGCAUGAAGUACCUGGCCAACAUGAACUACGUGCAUCGCGACUUGGCCGCCCGCAACAUCCUGGUCAACAGCAACCUGGUGUGCAAGGUCUCAGACUUUGGGCUGUCCCGCGUGCUGGAGGAUGACCCCGAGGCCACCUAUACCACCAGUGGUGGCAAGAUCCCCAUCCGAUGGACGGCGCCCGAGGCCAUUUCCUACCGCAAGUUCACCUCGGCCAGUGACGUGUGGAGCUUUGGCAUUGUCAUGUGGGAGGUGAUGACCUACGGCGAGCGGCCCUACUGGGAGUUGUCGAACCACGAGGUGAUGAAGGCCAUCAACGACGGCUUCCGGCUCCCCACGCCCAUGGACUGCCCCUCUGCCAUCUAUCAGCUUAUGAUGCAGUGCUGGCAGCAGGACCGUGCCCGGCGCCCCAAGUUCGCCGACAUUGUCAGCAUCCUCGACAAGCUCAUUCGAGCCCCCGACUCCCUCAAGACCCUGGCUGACUUUGACCCCCGGGUGUCCAUCCGGCUGCCCAGCACCAGUGGCUUAGAGGGGGUCCCCUUCCGCACGGUGUCUGAGUGGCUGGAGUCCAUCAAGAUGCAACAGUACACGGAACAUUUCAUGGCGGCUGGCUACACCGCCAUCGAGAAGGUGGUGCAGAUGACCAACGAAGACAUCAAGAGGAUCGGGGUGCGGCUGCCCGGCCACCAGAAACGCAUCGCCUACAGCCUGCUGACACUCAAGGACCAGGUGAACACAGUGGGGAUCCCCAUCUGAGCCCUGGCAAGGCCUCGAAACCCCGUCGGCCAAGAAUACUUGAAGAAGCGGCCUGGCUUCCCUGUCCACUCUGAGCUGGGCCACCAC